CCAACCAGUCCCUCUGCCACUACUGCCUCGAUCGGCCGCCAUGCCCGCCGCCAUGCCCGCCGCCAUGCCCGCUGGUCUCAUGGCCAUCAUCACUGUUGUGGCCGUUCUCGUUCCGGCCGGCGUGAUCCUCUACAAAAAGAAGCCCGCCCUCUUCACCGCGGAAAACGUCCUGGAACUCCUGGAUUUCUCGGUCAAAGUACUGGAGAAAGUUUUCGCGAUCCUGGAGGUGAUCAAGAAGAUCACCGACAUUGCAGUGGAAAUUCUGGAGGCAUACAACAAGAUGAAGGAGGCGCAGAAGGCAGCCCAAGCCCAAUGGAAACUUCAAUACUAUCUUACUAUCGAUGUGCCAGAAUGUUUCGGGAAGGUUGUUACUAUCGGGGAUGCGGGAUGGGCCAGGCCGGGGGAAUAUGAUUCAAUAAAUUAUCCAGAUAAUGACAUCAUUAAAAUCC